AUGGCAUCGUCAACGAUUCAGACCGUCGAACCGGUGAUAUAUCGCCUGAAGGGCGAAGCCAAGCCGGAGGAAAUUACAUACGGGUUCCUGAGAGACAAAAUCCCCGCGCAUUGUUUCGACCGCUCUGUGAUCAAGUCAUUCGCCUACCUGAUCCGGGACAUCAUCUACGCGUCUGCACUCGUCUGGGCCGCUCUGAAGAUUGAUCUCCUGCCUUCUACAACCCACCGAGUCUGUGCCUGGAUUGCCUAUGGCUUCCUCCAGGGCUGCGUCGGUGUGGGCAUGUGGAUCAUUGGCCAUGAGUGCGGACACGGUGCUUUCUCUGCCCACCCCAAGCUGAAUGAUACCGUUGGCUGGGCUAUCCAUUCGCUUCUCAUGGUGCCGUACUUCUCAUGGAAGAUCACCCAUGCGAGACACCAUCGCUACCACUGCCAUAUCGAGAAGGACACCGUGUUUGUUCCUGCGGUCGAGGGGAAUGCGCAGAACAAGGAGCCCACCAUGCUGAAGAAGCUCAAGGAGAUGGUCGAAGAAACCCCCUUCUACAACGCCGUCGCUCUCCUCGGACACCAGAUCUUUGGAUGGCAGGUGUACCUGAUGUUCAACGUCAGUGCUGGAAGCAAGAGUCUGCCCGAAAAGCCCAACAGCUCCCAGAAGCUCCGCACCAGCCACUUUGCCCCUCUCGGUUCUCUGUUCACCAGCUCGCAAGCGCCCCUCAUUGCAAUCACUGAUCUUGGUCUCCUGAUUGUUGGUGGCUCGCUCUACUACCUGGCCACCCAGAUGGGCGCCCUGAAGGUCGUUCUGCUCUAUGUUGUGCCCUACUUCUGGGUCCACCACUGGCUGAUUGCCAUUACCUAUCUGCACCACACCCACCCGUCGGUGCCCCACUACGAUGCCAACGCUUGGACCUUUGUCAAGGGUGCCCUUUCCACCGUGGACCGGCGGUUUGGCUUUAUCGGUCGUCACUUCUUCCACGAGAUUAUUGACUACCAUGUCGUUCACCACCUGUUCCCGAAGAUUCCCUUCUACCACGCCGAGGAGGCCACCAAUGCCAUCGUCCCCUACCUUGGAGACCAGUACCACCUCGAUGAAGGCAUGUUCCUGAAGUCCUUUGUGGACACCUUCACCACCUGCAAGGUUGUCUCCGAUGUCAACUCGGACGGAGUGCUGCACUGGAAGUUCCCGGAAGAUGGAUCCAAGAAGCAAAACUAG